AUGGGUGGAAAUCAGCACAAAGGUGGUGGUUGGCUAUGGAUGGUGACAGAGAAGAACGGUGAGGGGCGGUGGUUCUCCGGCGACGGUGGCAGUUGUAGCAGCGGUGGUGCUGGUGGGUGGAGACGGUGGCGAGUGGAGACGGCGACGGGUAGUGACAACGGUGGUGUGGUAGUGGGUGACGGUGAAGGUGGGUGGCAGCGGUGGCCAGAGGUGGUAGUGGUGGCGACGGUGGCGACGGUGGUGGCAGGUGGUGGCGGUGCGUGGUGGUGGUGGUUGAUAGCGAUGACGAAGGUGGGUGGCGAUGGCGGCGGUGAUCGGAGAGGUGGCAACGACGAUGGUGGAUGGUGGCGGUGGCGGUGGCGGGGAUGGAGGUGGGUGGCGGCAAAGACGGUGGCGGGUGACGGUGGUGGCGGGUGGCGGCGAAGGCGGGUGACGGCGGCGGAUGACGGUGGUGGUGGGUGGUGGCAACGGUAG